AUGGAAACUGCCCUGAAUGGAAUAGUUUUAUCUUCAAAAAACUCCCAAAUUAAAGACGCUGUAGCUGCAGCUAAAGAAGCUGUUAAAAAUUCAGCAGAACAUGGAGAUGUUCCUAUUCCAUACCUUCGAGACAAAUGUUUAGCCGCCAUCGAAUUGGCUUUUGAUCAUGGAAAUGAGAAAACAGCCCACUUUGCUGUUGAUGCAGUACAAGUCCUUCUUCGAGAUCAACGAUUUCAUUCGAUUUCGAUUGAAAAUCCACAACAUAAUCUUCCCACUCAGAUUUUACAUUCUAUGACAGGCAUAGCUCAAUGGAGUUCACAACUACAAUGCUAUUGCUUGACGCUUCUAGUAGAAAUGAUUUGCUCAACCGAACUGAAAAUAUCACUGCAAGAGGUCGAAGAAGCAUUAGAACUUUUCAUGCGCGUCUAUGGUGCUUCAAGAGAAGAGUCAGUAAGAGUAUCAGCAAGAGCUUCUGUAUCACAAUCGACAACAUCUUACUUCUUCAACCGAUAUGCUGCUUCCGAUGAGAGUCAAGACAAGAUAGCAAUAUACCUGGAUGUAACAAACUUAUUAGAAAGUUAUUGUAUGAAACUAGACCAAAUGACGACUUCUAACGAUCAGAGUGUUGUCAUCUUUGAUGCGAUGAAUGCUCUGCUAGCUUCUCAAUCAUUAACAAUUCAAAGUCACACUCCAUUUGUUAACUUACUCUGGGAGAAGUUAUGUCCUUUGAUGAUUCGAUUGCUGGGCGUUCCCGACAAAAACAUUUCCAGUACGACUAUCAUUACCGUUAGUACGGAAGAGCCUAUGGGACAAGGACAAAUAAAUAAAUUUCCUUUAAGUCCUUCCGUCAUAGCUAACCCUGAUGCAACAAGAGCCUUAUACCAGAUAUUAGAACAGUUGAUUAGAAUAAUGGCAGGAAUUCCAUCAGUAGCGAGUUCGUUGGAGGCAUUAUUGCAUAAGGCAUUUCUCUUCCCUAAAAUUGAACAACGUUCAGAAGCUGUAAAAGUUAUUAGAAAAAUCGUGUCAGAUCCUCGUCGAAUAGGAGAUUUAGUUGCUGCAGCAGUUCGUGAUAGAUCGUUGUCAUUAUGGCGAAUGAUUGUCGUUUGUAUAUUCGAGACUGCCAAUCCAAGCUAUGAAAUAUCUUUGGAUUCCGUGAGAACAUGUGGAUUUAUGCUUCAAGGGAUUCUCGAUUACUCUCGAUCAACACAAAUAAUGGAUUGUGAUACACGAGCCAGAUUGCGCGAAAUGUUCCAUUCGUUGCCUGAAGCUUCCGUCAAAAGUUUUACUGCGCGGUCGGAUUUAGGCAACUCUAGUCCCAGGCCUUCGACAGAUCGUCAGGGCUCUGAAUUAAUUCAAAAUGAAGCUUCAAAUGCAGAUGAACAGGAACCAGAAGAUGAAAUCUCGAAAACGUUGAAAAAGUUGACUAAGAAGUUCGGAAUGAGCUCUUUCGAUGAAAACGAAGUACACAAGUGUAAGCCAAUCUUACAACGUCGUAGCACCGAGUAUGACGAAACUAGUGAGAAAGUGACAGCCAAAAAGUUUGCUGAUUCGUUAAUGGACAGAAUAAUUGAAUGGGAAAAAGAAAAGUCAACAUUGUUGAUUGAUAAUGCUAUUUUGGAGUUUGCAACAUCUUUCUACAGUGACUUCUCAGCAGUGCAUAAUGAAGUUUUCAAAUCGAAAUCAAAAGUUCAGCAAGAGUUUCUCAACACUGAUGCUAUUUAUUUGUCUGUCUAUGCUUCACUGAGUCUAGGACAUAGAGGCCCGGAAAAAGUUACUUGGGAACGUUUCAAAGAAUCAGUUUUCUUAAGUGGUUGUAUUGUUUAUGUUAGUGAAAGCUGGCUCUUGAAAGUAUACCAACAUAUCUGCGAGUAUAAAGACAGUUUCAAUUUGAAUGGAGCACUUAGAGAUGUUGUUCAAGACUAUGAUGGAUUUGAUAACAAACUGCUUUCCGAUGUUGAAAGGCUUAAGACGAUCUCGCAAGGUCCAUCCAAGCAACCCUACGAAGAACGUCUAGCCACCCGUUGGUUGGUUACAGCUAGUUGGGAUUGCAUAGUUAGCAUACUGUCCACCUUCCUCGGCGUUCAAGAACGACGGUGUGCCAGACAAAAAAUUGCGGAGGGUAUCGAGCACUCCAUUCAUGGCAUGCAAGUUCUGACGAAUGUUGCCCUAGAUUUAGAACUGGGUGAUAGAUGCGGUUGGAUAUUUGAAAAGCUUGUUGAAGCUUCUUGUGAUCUGGAAGAGUUGAGAACAUCUGCAACGGCUGAGGAACAAAAACGGUUCUCGAUUGUGAGUCGUAUUGAUUUGCUUAGUAUGCAAAUGUGCCUCGAUCAUGCUUUCGUAGCUUUACAUGCUCCAGAAUGUUGGAAACAUGUUAUAAGAUGUACCGAGUAUGUCUGGGAAUUAGAGAAAUAUAUAUAUGGAGCGUUAUGUUAUGAAAAACCUCAGAAGUUUUCGUUUGGACGAAAAACAGUUGAAGAAAAACCUGAAAAGAAAGUUGAAGAGGACGUAGCAUACUAUGAAAGAAGUAUUGAGUAUAUGCUAGGAGAAAAAGAAUUAGAUCGUGAUGGAAUAAACAAAGCCCUCGCAGUGUUAAUAGCUAAAGUAGAUAGAUUUUAUUCUUUGUGCGGACGUCAACUAAACUUGAAGUCUUUGAGAGAUUUGUCUGUUUCAUUAGUAAAUGCUAGCGAAAAUAGAAUAAUUUAUUCUGAUCAGAAGGCUCCAGCUCUUAGUCCUUCUGUUAACUUGUUAUCCAGGAUAUCGGAGAUUCUUAGUCUACUACAUGCUCGACCAUUAGCUCAUCAAAUGUUAGUCUGGCCUAUAGUUGGUGCUCAUUUCACACAGGUGUCCUGCUGUGGAGAAGAAUCUCGCUCUGGUGUUACUGCCUUAUCAGAAAGUGUAUCCUCGCUUCUUUUAGCGGAGUCGAAUGGAAUGUGUUUCAAUCAAAUGCUUCUAGUACCCUUCCAAUCAAUUGUAUGCUCGGAAUUAUGCACCCCUGAAACUCGACAACAGUUAGUUCUGUGCUUAUCUGACUAUGUCAGAACGAAAUCGGACACACUGCGAUCAGCUUGGAAACCCCUGUUCGGAACUUUGAGAGCUGUUCGUACCUCUUCCGUUGAAGAUGCUAGUGUUCAUUGGACCGUUCUAGAUGUCAUCAGUACAUAUUUGAAUAUAAAAAAAUGCUCUGUUUUAUCAUGGUCACUACUUGAUUGCUUCGCUUGCAUUGUUCACUUUUUGCAAUCAACAGAAACAACUGAGUUAGAUAGCCAGCUGUCUGAAGCCGCACUUCAUCUGAUCCAACCGACGUAUGCUGUAAUUUUGAACUUAUUCAAAACUCCACAUAGUCCUAGUCACAACUUAUUGCACCGCGCUGAUCUUAGGAUUCAUAGCAUUGAUGAGGUUGAUGAUCAAGUUCAUUGCUUGUCUGCGACAAAAUCAUUGAUCCCAGCUUUAUCUUCAACAGUUGAUCCUGGUUUUUAUGCCCAUAAUACCAAAGAUACUGACCCUAUAAAGUUAGAUGGUAAAUUGGAUGUCCCACGUGGCACAUUGUCUUGGAUUGACAAAGAUUGUCAUGAGACAGCCUCUAUUGAAUUAGUUCUAACGUUUUUCGAGCAUUUAUGCGGAACUUUAGUCACUGCGCCGUCGUCCGUUCAACCACCUCUAUUACGAUCUAUUCACCAAUUGUUAUGUUCUAUUCGAGAUAAUGAUUUCGGGUUUGACACAGCAUCCUUUUGUGUCUCUGCGUUGUUGUUCCCUUAUGUUCAAAAAUGGCUAAGGAGGCCAAAAGAAGCUGACGAGGUUAGAAAUAUCAAGCAAGCUCUCGGGACUUGCACAGAAAUUGUUCUGGAGUUCUUAUCUGGUCAUGAAGGAAAUGUUUGGAGUAAUCGUUUGCUAGCAGAUGGUUGUAGAGUUGCUGUGGAGUGUUCGGGGCAACCAAAUGAUUUCUCUAGAGUUGGAGCGGCAUGUCUCCGUCAUCUCUCGACGGCCUGCGUGAACUUCAAUGAUAUUCAAUGGACUAUAUUGCAAAAAGCUCUUUGGGAUAGCUGUUCUGCCACAUUGCAUCCGAUCCGACUGUUGCUUUCAUGUGCGAUAUUGGAAAAUACGACUCAAGCGAAUCUGACCGAUGGUUUAAUGAUUGACAAAACUAGUCCUCUAUCUAUUAUGGAUAGAGUACUAGCUGAACAGGUGUUCUAUGUUGAUAUACAAAAACGUAGUACGUUUGAUCAAGUCGAAGAUGAAAUGUCUGCUGAAGAUUCUGAUGAUCCCCAAGCUGUAUCACUGCCAAAAAAACACGAUUUCACUUUCAGCAAAAACGGCUCAACUUUCAGAUUCUCUUUACAACACAUUGUUUCUUCACUUUUAGCUCACCAAGUUGUUCUUCAGCUAAUUGGCUCUCUUCUUUCACCAACGACAAUACCUCACCAGAUGAUUCGCGUCCUUUCAGAAUCUGCCUCUUUGAAGGUACUCGAAAAAAUCAGCGAUAAAACCCGCUCAGUUCUGUAUUAUUGUCUAGAUGCUUCGUUUCAGGUCGCUCGUGAGUUCGACAACAAUGUUACUGCUGUCGCUUAUAUCUCAAAAUGUAGUGACUUAGAGUUUCCAAACUUACUGAAACAGUUGGUCUCUGCUGGACUUAUAAAGCUUGUCUCGUUAUUUCAUCAUGCUAAGACUUCAAAGAGUAUAGAAGUGGCGGAUCAGCUUAGUAAAGCCUUAAACAUGAUUAUAGCAGAGUUUAAACGUAUCGAAAAUGCGACUGCGUUCAGACGCAUGGCCAUUGCAGCUAGAGAACAUCGCCCACAGCAUUUCGAUUUCCGACUGGUAGAGAUUGAUGCUGAUAAACUAUACAAAGUUGUUACAGAGAAUGAGAUAGCUGAUAUUUAUUCAGCAUAUCGACUGACUCGACCAAUUAAAAAACCCGUGGUAGAAAGACAAAACCCUUUCGUCAGUAUCAUGAAUUCAGCCGCUGAAGAGGAGCAACCGCCAUCUGAAAUCGAUCCUGAUUCAUACAGGUUGAUGGCUUACAGAGAUGUUUGUUUGACUCCAUUCCAAUUGUUAUUAACGUGUGAAUCUGAAGAAUCGAAAGAUCUUUUCAAAGCAUUAUUGCCAACCGCCAAGAAUCUGAUCCUAUCUUCUCCUGAUAUAGCAAUAAGAGAAUUAGCAGUGCAGUUAGUGGACGUUUUAAGCAGUCAGCUAGACUCAUAA